AUGAUAGAUUCUGAGGCAAAUGUGCCUUUGAAGCGAAAAAAUUCUAGGGAAGGAAUAACUCUGGAUUACUGUAAUCGACAUUCUCGAUUGCGUCGAAAUGAAGGCGAAGAUUCGACUACUUUUUUCUUCGAUUAUUCAACGUUUGUUUUUUUGAGGGAAAAUUGGGUUGUAAUUUUUUGAGAUUUUUUCAGAGAUAUGCCAAAUAUCGAAUCGAUAAAUUGGAGAGAACUUCGAAAAUUGGUAAGUAUUUUUAUACCUUUUUUUAAUUUAGGGUGGUUUUUUUUUAAACUGUAGCUCAAAGAUUUCAACGUAGACAUUCAAAAAGCUGGAAACAUUUCUCAAUAUCAUCGUCAUUUUUUUUUAUUUUGUUGAGUUUUGAACUUUUUUUUGGCACUUUUCCAAAUCCUGACUCUGAUCCCAUACUAUAAAAAUCAAUAUCCUGUUUUUUUUCAGAAAACAGGCAAUAAAUGGGGUGUUAUUCGACAUCCAUAUGUUCUGAAUUAUUUGAAUCAAAAAUUGAUUGAUUGUUCACUUUUUUACUUGUUACAUAUCAUUGGUAAGUCUAUAGAUUUUUAAUGGAAAAUAAAUAUUUUUUUCAGCAUUCUUCUCAUUCUUGUUGGUUUUGUCUUGGCAUAUUUUUGCGAGAACUCCUGCAAAAGAUUGGUUGGUUACUCUGUUUGUUGCUGUUUUUGGAUUGUUCUUGGUAUGUUUUAAUAGUAUUUUUCGGAAUCGCCUUAAAAAAUUUCAAGACAUCCCUCGUCAAUUCUUAUGAAAAAAUCAUAUUUCAUUUAUUUUUUCAGAUUCUCAAAGGAACUAUAAAAGCUCGAAUAAGUCAUUCGAUUUCAUUUUGGUUUGUUAUUGCUUUUUGUUUCAAUAUCAUCACUUAUCUGGCUACUUUGGCAUAUGUUUGGCUUCCAACAAUUUUCAAAUACGAUGAUUAUCAUCAAGAAGUCAAGGUAUUUGAAAUUUUCUUUUCCGCAAAAAACAUGAUCCAAAAAUUUUCAGAACAUCGUUAUUUGGUUUCUUCCGAUUAUUGCAAUUAUCUCAGCUUGGGCGAAUUUUUUGUAUAUUUUGAGAAAAUCACCAUUUGGUAUUUAUAUUUUCAUGAUGACUAGAAUUUUGAGAAGUUUUGGACAUGUAAGUGAAGUUGAAUUUUAGGCUCUGAACGGAAAAAGAGGGGUUUAGGAAAAAAGAGGAGUUAUGAAAAAAAGAGGGGUUUUCAAAAACUUGGUUUUUUAAAAGCUUGAAACGAUAUCCAAAAGUUAGUUUCAGAAGUUGCUUUUGUUCAGAAUUUCAAGCUUAAUCUGAUCCUUGCGCUUAAAUUUCAUGAAAAGUGAAAAUAUUCCCACAUUUGAGCGCAUAAAGUUUUGAAAACCUCUCUUUUCCGUCAAAACCCCUCUUUCUUUCGAAAACCCCUCUUUUUUUCUAAACCCCUCUUUUUUUCCUAAAACCCUCUUUUUCCGCUUAGAGCCGAAUUUUACUUAUUUAAAAACACUUUUGUAGAUCGCAACAAUUUGGAUUCCAACAUUAAUUGCUUUUUCAUUUGCAUUUCAUUUAAUAAUGCGAGAUACUGGAAUAAAACCUUGGUCAACAUUGGAUCAAGAUACAGCUAAUAUGACAAUGUUACAUAAAAUGCUUGUUAUUCUUCAAGCAGUUACAAAAACAAGUACAAUGAUGAUUGGAGAAGUUGAUGCAAAUGAUAUUCUUGAUACAAAUCAAUGGAUUCCAAGUAUUUUAGUAUUGACAUUCGAAAUUAUUACUGUUAUUUUAUUGAUGAAUUUGAUGGUUUCUUUGGCUGUUGGAGAUGUUAAUGAUUUGAAACAUACGGCACAGGAUAAACUAUUAAAAAUUAAGGUACGUAUUUUUAAUUUGAUUGUAAAUCUUUGAAUUUUAAUCCAGAAAAGCCAAGUGGCAAUUUUACUUAGCAACAAACAUCUUUACAGUAAUCCAAAAAAUUUUGUCCGAUUAAGUAUAUGUUCCUGGAGUACUGUAUUUUUUUUUGGAAAAGAACAUCCACAUUUCAUUUCUCAAAGAGCCUUCCGAUUUUAGAAUAAAACAAAUAUAUUCCAAGUUUUUAAAUUACUUUCCUAAUUUUUUUUUCAUAUUUUCACAAACAGGGACUUUUAAUUAGAAAACUUGAUUCUAAUGUAUUCUGAAUCAUUCGAAAUUUUCUAAAUCCUGAAUCAUUUUAAGUUUGUCGUUUUUUCAGGUCAAUUUCGUAGUCGAAGCUCUGCAAUUGAGUGAACAAUUUGGAAAAAGUUUGCAUACUCAAAAAACAAAAAAUGUUUUAGUCGUCAUGGAAGAUGCAACAUAUUUCAAUGCAAUCGAUAAAUUUCCAACAACUGAACCAGGAGUUAUUUCGGAUGAGGCAUUUCGUGUUUCAUUUGUUGAAUCAGGAAUGCGUCUUAGAAUUCAAACAAUUCAAGGUCGAACAAAGACAGCAGUUCUUAAAAAUUGUUUUAUCGAAGCUCGCGAAUCUCCAGAAUCUGGUAUUCCUGUUUUAAGCUCAGAUCCUGAAGCAAAAGAAUAUAAUAAUACAAAUGGAUUAUGGGAUCGAUUUGCAAAAUGGAUUAUAGGACUUGAUUGGAAAGGAUUUUUAGAUCUUUAA